CGAGCUAGCGAGAUGGGCCAAAUGUUGGUUGCUUGGCUGAUGUGCCAGAGUUUUCAGGGCGUCUGGCAUUGGCCAGUCGGCCUCUGGCUCUCCUUCCGGGUUUGGCAGCUUAUUGUCCGAUCGUUUGCACCCCAGCACAUCAACCCUCCGAGGCUCGUGUGCUUCUUUUCCUGAACGAUCGGGCUUCUCUCGACCUGUCUUCUGCACUGUCUCGAUGCUCUUUCACGCUUUGGUCGAGACCAUCCCGCCAGAAUGUUUGGCACUCUCGCGGCGUAUCGUUCGGCUCGCACAGUCAAGGCGUUUCUUGGAGCAGGCUGCCUUUUAAUCAUCCUCUUUGGCGUCUUUCUCUUUGGUCCGGACUCCUGGCCUUCACCGGGACACUGGUCUCCCUCUGCCUCUUCUCCGCCGCCGCCGGCGUCGGCGCCAGACUCCCACGAUGCGCCGGAUGAGCCACAACGAUACGCCUUUGCAACGAUCCUCACAGGCGAAGAAGACCACGAAAAGCCCGUGCUAGAAAAACCGUACUUUAUCGCCGCUCGACUUCUCACUUAUCAGCUGCUUCACAGCCCCGACACCCGCAGUGCGACUGAAAUUCCCUUUCUCGUCCUCGUCACUGAUGACGUCCCCGAGGAACAAAGAGCGGUCUUAGCACAGGACGGCGCCACCGUCAUCCCGGUCGAAAGCAUCUCGCGCGACUGGGUCCUGCCCAAAUGGGACCGGUGGAAGGGUGUCCUUGCGAAACUCAACGUGUGGAAGAUGACCACGUACGAUAAAAUCGCCUUUCUCGACGCCGACUCGAUCCUCUUCCGGCCUGUCGACGGCAUCUUCACGGACCCGACGACCGCCAUCCGGAAAACGAAGCCCGAUCCAAACCAGACUGUCCCUACGUUGUCUGCCCUCCCCUCUACGUACAUGAUCGCCGGCAUCCACGACUCCUGGGUCGAAGCGAACCUUCCUCCGCUCGACGAACCCGGCAAGAACUUUUACGUCAAAGAUAACUACAUGAACGCGGGCUUCUUCGUCUUCGCGCCCUCGGAAGAGAUCUUCGAGUACUACUCCUCGUUACUGAACACACCAGGAGCAUUCGAUCCAAACUACCCAGAGCAAAACUUGCUGAACUGCGCGCACCGCGUGGACGGACGCAUGCCGUGGGUGGAUAUCGGGACGCAGUGGAGUCAGAAGGGAACCGGCAGGGAAGCAUAUGAAAAGGGACUCAAGUCGGUACACCAAAAGUGGUGGGUUGCGAUGGGUGAUGAGGUGCUGGAUGGGUAUGUGACUAAUGUCAUGGGGGAGAUGAAGGGGUUUUUUAAUAUUACUGAGACCGCGGGCGGGUCUUGAUUUCACAAGAUAUCUCUCUUUAAUACUGUAUAUUAUGCUUCAACGAAAUAAAUGCAUACUGUGCUGUCGUGAUCGCCGGAACCGGGACUCCGGUUUGACCAUCUGGUGCUCCUGCCGCAUCCGCGGAUGAGGGGCCCCGGGGUACUGCUGCCCUAACCAGACCCUUGCGGCAUGGACGCAACAGCGUCCACUUUCUCUCCUCUGCAAGAAACCUUCCUUGCACAGUAGCGCGGUGCUACUAAAACUUAACCUGUAAAAGGGCCCCUGUUCAGAUGUAUAUAGAACUCUCAAAUCACUCGCAAAAGACUUCGCAACUCCAGAAAACGAUUCCGAUUCCGACCAUCUCCCCCUUCAGCUCCGCAAGGGGGUGUCGCCCAACCGUUGGGAUCGAGAUGUCGCCUCUCAGACGGUGCUCAUACUGCUUGUUCUCGGUUAUACAGCAG